CAACAUCACGUUGUACAUCGAAGACUGUCCUGCUGGUUCAGUGACAAGGUUAAAAAGUAUUGGUCCUUACGAGUUUCCCGGAUCUGUCGAAAAAUUCGCAAAGAAAUUCAUUCCGCUCCUUGCUCUGGUUUGGCAAACCAAAGUUAUCAUGAAAAAUACGCUACAAAUUAUAAAUGCUGGUGAAGAAAUCAUUUUUCUAUCGAUCGACGGCCCAGAACCCCCACAAAUUCCACCUUGCAUGCCAUCUCCAAAACUUGGCACAAAAAGAAAACACAACCAAGUCGACAAUCUAAAUAAAUAUUUUUACACUACCGAACCUGCCUUUCAUUAUUGAUAUCCUCAGAUGAAAAAGUAUGUGGGAGGCUCAAUCCGCGCCUGUAGGCAUUUUAGAGAUAGCUCCCUGGUGGUUCUUUGGAAUCUGUGUGACAGAAAAUAAGGUGUGUCUGGAGUACAUAGUUACACAAGCUGAGAUGUGGGGAAAAAGCUUGGUCUGUGCGGUAAAAGAUGGUUGAGGACAUGGCUCUUCCCGAUAUUAAGGUG